AUGCGUGUUUUUAAAAGUCAAGAAUGUUUCGAUCGACAUAAACACACUGUAGGCAGUGCAAAAUCUAUUUGUGCUUCUUUGGUAAAAUGUCCUGACUGUCAUACUGUUGUAAAACGGGGUAGAUUGGGGCGGCAUCACUGCGGCUUGACUCGUUGCUCGACAUGUAAGGAAUACGUCCGCCUGGAGAAUCAUCAGUGUUACAUGCAACCUGAGAAAGAGAGAAACACGACCGUCAGCGAGGACACUGACCUUCUCGACACCGAGGCACAUGACGGAGAUGAUGCCCCUCAAAGUGGGUACAACGAACUGCUAUUUUUCGACUUUGAGUGUCGCCAAGAAAAUGGAAAUCAUGAACCCAACUUGUGCGUAGUACAAAACGAAGCAGGAGACGAGUGGGUAUUUGAAGGAGAUAAUACGAGGAAUGAAUUUUGUGAAUGGCUUUUUACAAAGGAACAUGCAAGCUGUAUCGUGUUGGCUCACAACUUUCAAGGUUACGACGGUUACUUUAUUCAACAGUACUUACACGAGAAUGGCGUGAUUCCCGAAGUCAUUAUGCGUGGUGCCAAGAUCUUAACGUUAAAUGUUCCAAUGUUUAAGAUUAAGUUUGUCGACUCUCUCAGUUUCAUACCGAUGAGACUCGCUGAUUUUCCAAAAACGUUUGGUUUGAACGAACUCGCGAAAGGAUACUUCCCUCAUCUAUUCAACACAGUCGAGAAUCAAAACUACGUUGGACCCCUACCACCUACUUCAUUUUACCAUCCUGAUGGAAUGAGCCCUGAUGAGAAAGAAAAGUUUUUGGAAUGGCAUAAUGGUUUGAAAGAGAACAAUUACGUGUUCGACUUCCAACAAGAGAUUUUGACUUACUGUCGAUCUGAUGUGGAUAUAUUACGUCGUUGCUGUCUGGAAUUUCGCGAGUUAUUUCGUGGUGUUACAGACAUUGAUCCGUUCGAGAAAUGUCUCACUAUUGCAUCGGCUUGUAAUCUUGUUUUCCGAAAGAACUUCCUAAAAGAAAACACCAUAGCUAUUAUUCCCCCUCACGGUUAUCGUCCCAAAGACAAGCAAUCCCUCUUGGCUUUAAAAUGGCUUUCGUAUAAGGCUGAAAAGGAAGACCUCUACAUUCAACAUGCCCGAAAUGCAGGAGAAAGGCGUGUUGGCAACUAUUUACUGGACGGUUAUGAUGAAGCAACCAACACAGCCUAUGAGAUCAAUGGGUGCUUUUGGCACGGUAAGUUAACUCGAAUAAACGCCUCCUUCGAAUAAACACCUUGGAGUAAAAAUUAUAUUAUUGUUUUUUACAGGAUGUUUGAAAUGCUAUGCUCGGGACACGAUAAAUCCAGUCAAUGGCAGGACGAUGCAAGAUCUUCAUCAAGCCACAGUGGAGAAGAUCAGUUACCUGAAGGAUCAGGGUUUCAGUGUGAUAGAAGUCUGGGAAUGUGACAUCAAGAAAGAACUCGAACAAGAUGAAGAUAUGAGGAGUUACUUUGAUAGCUACGAUCUGGUUGAUCCUUUGGAACCUCGUGAUGGCUUCUUUGGUGGGCGUACCAACGCCGCAAAGCUGUUCCAUGAGUGUAAAGAUGGUGAGAAAAUAAGGUAAGAUGUAUAAAAAAUGAUUGGAACGAUUAUGACGUCACAGCAAAUAUAUUGAUGACGUCAUCUUUCUCUUAGGUAUGUGGAUUUUACCAGCCUCUACCCAUGGUGCAACAAAAUGACUCGGACAGUUGUUGGCCAUCCUCGGAUCAUCACCGAGAAUUUUGAUGAUAUUUCUACUUACUUCGGUUUGAUUAAAUGCACGGUGCUUCCACCUCGAGGUCUUUUCCAUCCAGUCUUACCUUAUCGUACACAAGGCAAGUUGAUGUUCCCCCUCUGCAAGUUGUGUGCCGAUGCGUGUGAUCAGACUCCCUGUACCCAUUCCGACAACGAAAGAGCCAUUCAAGGAACGUGGUGUAGCGUAGAGUUGGAGAAAGCCCUGGAGAAAGGUUACAUAAUUCUACAACUGCAUGAAGUAUGGCAUUUUCCCGAAUCCUCCGACCGAUUGUUCAAAGAGUAUGUGGAUACCUUUCUCAAGAUCAAACAGGAGUCGAGUGGUUACCCUAAGAAUUGUACCACGGAGGAACAGAGACAGCAGUACGUAGACGAAUACCUUGCAGUUGAAGGAAUUCAGUUGGAUCGAAGCAAAAUCGAGCACAAUCCAGGCAUGCGUGCGUUAUCCAAGCUCAUGCUAAACUCGUUUUGGGGUAUGUAUUUUAAACAAUGCAUGUUAAUUCAAACGUUUUUAGGUGGCAUCCGAACAGGUGGAAAGUUAUUGCUACCAAUACUCAUAAUGUAUUUUUCUUCAUAGGUAAAUUUGCACAGCGUCCUAAUAUGACAAAAGUGGAAUUGAUCAGUGACGUGCAAACGUUUCUCGACUAUCUGACCUCGGACGAGAUCAAUGUUCUCGAUGCUAAUUUCGUAAGUGAUGAAGUGAUCGAGAUCCACUACGAAAACAACGAGAAUUUCGUAACGGCAAACUCCAAGACCAACGUGGUCAUCGCCGCUUUUACCACUGCCUAUGCACGACUCAAGCUCUACGGAGUGCUGGAUCAACUGAAUGAAAGAGUGUUGUACUACGAUACAGAUUCUGUAAUAUUUGUCAGCAAACCAGGGGAACCAGAGCCUCCGAUAGGUCCUUAUCUCGGUCAACUCACGGAUGAAUUGAAAGAAGGACACAUUACAACCUUCAUUUCGGGCGGACCGAAGAAUUACUGCUAUCGGACCAGUUCCAACAAAGUGGAGACGAAAAUACGCGGUAUCACGCUGAAUUGCACCGCAAGGCAGAAAGUGAACUUUGACGUUAUACGCGAAUUAGUACACUUGCACGCAGUAUGCAAAGUGAACAAUACGGUGACGGUUGAUAUCCCGUACAAGAUCACGAGAAACACAAAGACAAAAAGUAUUGAAACAAAACGUACGAAAAAGGACUACAGAAUAGUUUAUAAUAAACGUGUAAUUAUAGAUGAUUAUAAAACAUUACCCUAUGG